CUCCACCUCUAUGACAUGCAUUACCAAUGGAACCCCAACUCCCAGUAUGUCCUGGCUUAGAAAUGGCCUGUCUCUAGGGCUUGAUGCCCAUCUGAAGAUCAACACUCAAGGAAUGGUCCUCCAUCUAAUCAAAGCAGAGACUGAAGAUUCAGGAAGAUACACUUGUAUUGCCUCAAAUGACGCUGGAGAAGUCAGCAAGCACUUUGUCCUGAAGGUCCUAGAACCACCUCAGAUUAAUGGAUCUGAAGAACCUGGAGAGAUAUCAGUAAUUGUUAACAACCCACUUGAACUCACCUGCAUUGCUUCUGGAAUUCCAGCCCCGAAAAUUACCUGGAUGAAAGAUGGUCGGCCCCUUCCACAGACAGAUCAAGUACAAACUCUAGGAGGAGGGGAGAUUCUUCAGAUUUCUAGUGCUCAGGUGGAGGAUACGGGAAGAUAUACGUGUCUGGCAUCCAGUCCUGCAGGAGAUGAUGAUAAAGAAUAUUUAGUGAGAGUGCAUGUUCCCCCUAAUAUUGCUGGAACUGAUGAGCCCCAGGAUUCCUCCGUGUUACAGAACAGACAAGUGACAUUGGAAUGCAAAUCGGAUGCAGUGCCCCCACCUGUGAUUACUUGGCUCAAAAAUGGAGAACGGUUACAGGCAACACCUCGGGUUCGAAUCCUAUCUGGAGGGAGAUACUUGCAAAUUAACAAUGCAGAUCUAGGUGAUACAGCCAAUUAUACCUGUGUUGCCAGCAACAUUGCAGGAAAGACUACAAGAGAAUUUAUUCUCACUGUAAAUGUUCCUCCAAGCAUAAAAGGUGGCUCCCAGAGUCUAGUCAUUCUCUUAAGUCAGUCAGCUAUAUUGGAAUGCGUUGCUGAAGGUGUCCCAGCCCCACGGAUAACAUGGAGAAAGGAUGGAGCUGUUCUAGCUGGGAAUCAUGCAAGAUACUCUGUCUUGGAAAAUGGAUUCCUUCAUAUUCAAUCAGCGCGUGUCACCGACGCGGGGCGGUAUUUGUGUAUGGCUACCAAUGCUGCUGGGACAGGCCGCAGGCGAAUAGAUCUACAGGUCCAUGUUCCUCCAUCCAUUGCUCCUGGUCCUACCAACAUAACUGUAACAGUAAAUGUUCAAACUACUCUGGCUUGUGAGGCUACUGGGAUACCAAAACCAUCAAUCCAUUGGAUGAAAAAUGGGCAUCUUCUUAAUGUGGAUCAAAAUCAGAAUUCCUACAGGCUUCUUUCUUCAGGUUCACUAGUGAUUAUAUCUCCUUCUGUGGAUGACACUGCAACCUAUGAGUGCACUGUGACAAAUGAUGCUGGAGAGGAUAAGAGAACCGUGGAUCUCACUGUCCAAGUUCCACCUUCCAUAGCUGAUGAGCCUGCGGACGUCCUAGUAACCACGCAUGCCCCAGCAGUAAUCACCUGCACUGCUUCAGGAGUUCCAUCUCCCUCGAUUCACUGGACUAAAAAUGGGAUAAGACUGCUUCCCAGAGGAGAUGGCUAUAGAAUUCUAUCCUCAGGAGCAAUUGAAAUAUUUGCCACCCAAUUAAACCAUGCUGGAAGAUAUACUUGUGUCGCUAGGAAUGCAGCCGGUUCUGUUCAUCGACAUGUGACCCUUCAUGUUCAAGAGCCUCCAGUCAUUCAGCCCCAACCAAGCGAACUAGAUGUCAUUCUAAACAAUCCCAUUUUAUUACCAUGUAAAGCAACAGGAACACCCAGUCCUUUCAUUACUUGGCAAAAAGAAGGCAUCAAUGUCAUCACUUCAGGCAAAAGCCAUGCAGUUCUUCCUAGUGGUGGCUUACAGAUCUCCAGAGCUGGCCGAGAGGAUGCUGGCACUUACAUGUGUGUGGCUCAGAACUCAGCUGGCACAGCCUUGGGCAAAAUCAAGUUGAAUGUCCAAGUUCCUCCAGUCAUUAGCCCUCAUCCAAAGGAAUAUGUUAGUGCUGUGGACAAACCCAUCAUGCUAUCGUGCGAGGCAGAUGGCCUCCCACCACCGGACAUCACAUGGCAUAAAGACGGGCAGGCAAUCGUGGAAUCAAUCCGCAGGCGCGUCCUCAGCUCUGGCGCUCUGCAAAUAGCAUUUGCUCAGCCCGAUGACGCUGGUCAGUAUACGUGCAUGGCCGCCAACGUGGCAGGGUCGAGCACCACGAGCGCCAAGCUCACCGUGCAUGUACCACCCAGGAUCCGAAGUACGGAAGUACACUACACAGCCAAUGAGAACUCACAAGCCAUUCUGCCAUGCGUAGCUGAUGGAAUCCCCACACCAGCAAUUCACUGGAAAAAAGGCAAUGUUCUUUUAACUAACUCGUUAGGAAAAUACACAGCUGAACCAUAUGGAGAACUCGUUUUGGAAAAUGUUGGGUUGGAGAAUUCGGGCACCUAUACUUGUGUUGCGAACAAUGCUGCAGGUGAAGAUACACACACCAUCAGCCUGACUGUACAUGUUCUUCCCACUUUUACCGAACUUCCUGGAGAUGUGUCAUUAAAUAAAGGAGAACAGCUACGAUUAAGCUGUAAAGCAACUGGUAUUCCACUGCCCAAAUUGACAUGGACCUUCAAUAAUAAUAUUAUCCCAGCCCACUUUGACAGUGUCAAGGGACACAGUGAACUUGUUAUUGAAAGAGUGUCAAAAGAGGAUUCGGGUACUUACGUGUGCACCGCAGAGAACAGUGUUGGUUUUGUGAAAGCAAUUGGGUUUGUUUAUGUGAAAGAACCUCCAGUCUUCAAAGGCGAUUACCCUUCGAACUGGAUUGAACCACUUGGUGGUAAUGCAAUCCUGAAUUGUGAGGUGAAAGGAGACCCCACCCCAACCAUUCAGUGGAGCAGAAGGGGAGUGGAUGUUGAAAUCAGCCACAGAAUCCGGCAGCUGGGCAAUGGCUCCCUCGCCAUCUAUGGCACUGUAGUAAGUGGUCCUCCUAUUAUCACUCUCGAGCCAGUGGGAACUGUUAUUAAUGCUGGUGGUAACAUCAUAUUGAAUUGUCAGGCAACUGGAGAGCCUCAUCCAACCAUUACGUGGUCUCGUCAAGGGCAAUCUAUCCCCUGGGAUGACCGAGUUACUGUGUUGUCCAACAACUCACUGUACAUUGCUGCUGCUCAGAAAGAAGAUACCUCUGAUUAUGAAUGUGUCGCUCGAAACUUAAUGGGUUCUGUCCUUGUCAGAGUGCCUGUCAUCGUGCAGGUUCAUGGUGGAUUUUCCCAGUGGUCUGCAUGGAGACCCUGCAGUGUCACCUGUGGAAAAGGCAUCCAGAAGAGGAGCCGUCUCUGCAACAAUCCUCUUCCAGCCAAUGGUGGGAAGCCUUGCCAAGGGUCGGAUUCUGAAAUGAGAAACUGUCAAAAUAAGCUGUGUCCAGUGGACGGUAGCUGGUCAGAAUGGAGUCCUUGGGAAGAAUGCACAAGGAGCUGUGGACGUGGCAACCGAACCCGGACCAGAACUUGCAAUAAUCCCUUAGCUCAGCACGGCGGGAGGCCCUGUGGAGGGAAUGCUGUGGAAAUGAUCAUGUGCAACAUUAGGCCCUGCCCAGUUCAUGGAGCAUGGAGUGCUUGGCAGCCUUGGGGUCCAUGCAGUGAAAGCUGUGGGAAAGGAACCCAGACGAGAACAAGACUUUGCAAUAACCCACCUCCAGCAUUUGAUGGAUCCUACUGUGAUGGAGCAGAAACACAGAUGCAAGUUUGCAAUGAAAGACACUGUCCAGUGGAUGGCAAGUGGGCAUCUUGGGCCAGUUGGAGUGCCUGUACGGUGUCCUGUGGAGGAGGUGCCAGACAGAGAACAAGGGACUGCUCUGACCCUGCCCCCCAGCAUGGAGGAAGGAAAUGUGAAGGGAGUGACGUCCAGAGUGACUUUUGCAAUAGUGACCCUUGUCCAACCCAUGGACACUGGAGUCCUUGGAGUGGCUGGGGAACAUGCAGCCGGACAUGUAAUGGAGGGCAGAUGCGGCGGUACCGCACGUGUGACAACCCUCGUCCCUCCAACGGAGGAAGAGCUUGUGGGGGGCCAGACUCCCAGAUCCAGAGGUGCAGCACUGACAUGUGUCCUGUGGAUGGAAGUUGGGGAAACUGGCACAGUUGGAGCCAGUGUUCUGCCUCCUGUGGAAGAGGUGAAAAGACGCGGAAGCGGCUGUGCGACGAUCCAGUGCCAGCUAAAGGUGGUCGUCCCUGCCCAGGAGACGCUACUCAGGUAUCGAGAUGCAACAUACAGACAUGUCCAGGUGGGCCCCAGCGAGCCAGAGGAAGUGUUAUUGGAAAUAUUAAUGAUGUUGAAUUUGGAAUUGCUUUUCUUAAUGCCACAGUAACAGAUAGCCCUAACUCUGAUACUAGAGUAAUACAUGCCAAAAUUACUAAUGUACCGCGCACUCUUGGUUCAGCAAUGAAAAAGAUAGUUUCUAUUUUAAAUCCCAUUUAUUGGACAACAGCAAAGGAAAUAGGAGAAGCAGUCAAUGGCUUUACCCUCACCAAUGCAGUCUUCAAAAGAGAAACCCAAGUAGAAUUUGCAACUGGAGAGAUUUUGCGGAUGACUCAUGUUGCCCGGGGCUUGGAUUCUGAUGGAGCUUUGUUGCUAGAUAUUGUUGUGAGUGGCCAUGUGCUGCAGCUUCAGUCACCUGCUGAAGUCACUGUGAAGGAUUACACAGAGGACUACAUUCAAACAGGUCCUGGGCGGCUGUAUGCCUACUCAACCCGUCUGUUCACCAUUGAUGGCAUCAGCGUCCCGUACACUUGGAACCACACCAUUUUUUAUGAUCAUGCUCGGGGAAGAAUGCCUUUCUUGGUAGAAACACUUCAUGCGUCCUCUGUAGAAUCUGACUAUAACCAGUUAGAAGAGACAUUGGGUUUUAAAAUCCAUGCUUCAAUUUCCAAAGGAGAUCGCAGUAAUCAGUGCCCCCCUGGGUUCGCCUUAGACUCAGUUGGACCUUUUUGUGCUGAUGAGGAUGAAUGUGCAGCGGGGAACCCCUGCUCCCAUAGCUGCCACAAUGCCAUGGGAACCUACUACUGCUCCUGCCCAGAAGGCCUCACCAUCGCUGCGGAUGGAAGAACUUGUCAAGAUAUUGACGAGUGUGCUUUGGGUGGACACACCUGCCACACUGGUCAGGAUUGUGACAAUACUAUUGGAUCCUAUCGCUGUGUGGUCCGCUGUGGAACUGGCUUUCGAAGAACCUCUGAUGGGCUGAGUUGUCAAGAUAUUAAUGAAUGUCAAGAAUCCAGCCCCUGUCACCAGCACUGUUUCAAUGCCAUAGGAAGUUUCCACUGUGGCUGUGAACCUGGGUAUCAGCUCAAAGGCAGAAAAUGCAUGGACGUGAACGAGUGUAGACAGAAUGUAUGCAGACCAGAUCAGCACUGUAAGAACACCCGUGGUGGCUAUAAGUGCAUUGAUCUUUGUCCAAAUGGAAUGACCAAGGCGGAAAAUGGAACCUGCAUUGAUAUUGAUGAAUGUAAAGACGGGACCCAUCAGUGCAGAUAUAACCAGAUAUGUGAAAAUACGAGAGGCAGCUAUCGUUGUGUAUGCCCAAGAGGUUACCGGUUUCAAGGAGUUGGAAGACCCUGUAUGGACAUUAAUGAAUGUGAACGAGUGCCUAAACCCUGUGCACAUCAGUGCUCCAACACCCCCGGCAGCUUCAAGUGUAACUGUCCACCAGGACAACAUUUAUUAGGGGACGGGAAAUCUUGCGCUGGAUUGGAGAGGCUGCCAAAUUAUGGCAGUCAGUACAGUAGCUAUAACCUUGCACGCUUCUCCCCUGUGAGAAACAACUAUCAACCUCAACAGCAUUACAGACAGUACUCACAUCUCUACAGCUCCUACUCAGAGUAUAGAAACAGCAGAACAUCUCUCUCCAGGACUAGAAGGACUAUUAGGAAAACUUGCCCCGAAGGCUCUGAGGCAAGCCAUGACACGUGUGUAGAUAUUGAUGAAUGUGAACAUACAGACACCUGCCAGCAUGAGUGUAAGAAUACCUUUGGAAGCUAUCAAUGCCUCUGCCCACCUGGCUAUCAACUCACACUCAAUGGAAAGACAUGCCAAGAUGUCGACGAGUGUCUGGAGCAGAAUGUUCGCUGUGGACCAAAUCGCAUGUGCUUCAACAUGCGGGGAAGCUACCGGUGCAUUGACACGCCCUGCCCCCCCGACUACCAGCGGGAUCCUGUUUCAGGGUUCUGCCUCAAGAACUGUCCACCCAACGAUUUGGAAUGUGCCUUGAGCCCAUAUGCUUUGGAAUACAAACUUGUCUCCCUCCCAUUUGGAAUAGGCACCAAUCAAGAUUUAAUCCGGCUGGUUGCAUACACGCAGGAUGGGGUGAUACAUCCCAGGACAACUUUCCUCAUGGCAGAUGAGGAACAAACUGUUCCUUUUGCAUUAAGAGAUGAAAACCUGAAAGGAGUGGUGUACACAACACGACCACUACGAGAACCAGAGACGUACCGCAUGAGGGUUCGAGCCUUAUCCUACAGUGCCAAUGGGACCAUUGAAUAUCAGACCACGUUCAUAGUGUAUAUAGCUGUGUCUGCCUAUCCCUACUAA